AUGGGUUUGAAUUUCAUCCUCCUAUUGGUCAUGGUGGCGACCAACAACCUCUCCCUUUAUCAUCUCUCCUCAACCGUUCAGUCCCCCAAGCCUCCACCUCCGCCUCCUACCCCCGUCCCCGACAACCUCAUACGGCAGCUUAACACCAUACGCGCCGCCAUUAACAACCUCACGCGCCAUAACCCAUCCUCUGCAGCCUCGACGGCGAAACCCAGUUCCGUCGUACCUCAAGAUCUUACUCUCCAUUCUCAGAUCGGCCCCAUUGCUUCUUCCUGCCAUAACCAGCCCGACCUUCUCCAUAGGUACAUGAAUUACACUCCCUUUUCGAUUUGUCCUUUCGACCCUAACCUCCAGGAAACACUUAUUCUUAACGGUUGCCACCCGCUUCCACGGAGGCGGUGCUUUUCGAAAACCCCAUCGAAACAGCCUUCUUCUCUGCCUUUAACUCCUUUCCCGACUUCCCUCUCUGAUUCCGGCGUCAUAUGGAACAAAUACUCGUGUAAAUCCUUUGCCUGCCUUUUGCAAAACAACCCCACAAGCUUCGAUCUCAACGCUCAACGCUCUUCAUUGCUUAGAUUCACUUCCGAGCUCGAUCUUCCAAUCUCCCAGUUCAUGCAAUUGGCUAACUCGGCGGUUCGUCUCGGCAUCGACAUAGGCGGUGGCACCGGAACCUUCGCCGCCGUAAUGAAGAAAUCCUACAACGUCACCAUGCUGACCACCACCAUGAACGUCAAUGCACCUUACAAUGAGGCCGUGGCUCUACGAGGGUUGGUGCCUUUACACGUGCCGUUGCAGCAGAGGUUCCCUGUUUUCGACGGCACGAUGGAUCUGGUCCGGUGUGGGAGGGCCGUGAACCGGUGGAUACCGGUGUCGGUGAUGGAAUUCAUGUUCUAUGAUGUGGAUCGAGUGUUGAGAGCCGGAGGGUAUUUGUGGGUGGACCGGUUCUUUAGCAAAGCGGUGGAUCUGGAGAAAAUUUAUUGGCCUUUGAUAGGGAAGCCUGGGUAUAAGAAAGUGAAGUGGGCAGUGGCUAACAAGACAGAUCCCAGUGGUUUGAAACAUGGGGAAGUUUACUUGACUGCUUUGUUGCAAAAGCCUGUGUCCAAGUCAUAAUGGGAAUUGAAGAGUCAUUGAAUUUUUAGGUAUUUGAUGUCGGACCACUCUUUGUUUUGAUUCA